GCGCGCUCUGCUUGUCACCACUGACUGCUGCACACGGAGGAAACGGUACGUUGCUCUCUCUCUCGGGCUGUGCUCAGACCCUAUCUCUUAUCUCAUCCGCCCUCGGUCUGUUUACACGCAAAACAGUCCGUUGUCGACUGGAAUACGAUACGAAGAUCCUGCUUCUAGGCAGGUUUUCUACAAGGUUCUUCUGCUCAGUAUGCCAGAACGCAUGGACUAAUUUAACGACGAUGGCUUCGUUGCGAAUGUUCGCCAAACUCCGGGCUGGAGUUGUCGGAUGUACUGAACCGUUCCUCUACGCACUCAAAACAACCCGAUCUCCGGUGAAAUUACUGCAUACGAUCCAUCCCAGACAGCCACAGUGGAGAUGUCCUCCCCAAGUGGUCUUCUGCAGUACUGUAGCACCCUCUAGUGAUGUGGUGUUGCAGUAUAAACAUGGACGUCCGGUGCUGGCCGUGCUGCUACCCUCCAGGCAGGAGAGCUGUCUGUUCUUCCUCAGGCCCAUGUUAAUGACUGUAGGAGACCUCAUCCAUGACCUGCAGAGAGAAGACCCAGGAGUCACCUCUGUCUCUGUGCUCACCAAGGAUGGUGCGCGGGUGGCUAACAGCACCUCUAUAGACAGUCUCCUGAACAAAGACUUCCAGCUCCUCAUCAAUGAUGGUGUAUACAACAUCCACUCCCCUGAAAGAGAGGCAUCCAGUGUGUCCAGUGAGCAUGUGGUGGACGUGGAGGACAUGAAGCACAUGGUGCAGCUGCUCCACACGGCCCUCCACCUGCCUGACCACCACCUGCUGAAGGAGAGACAGCUGCUGGAGAGACUGGAUGGACUCAAACAGGACCUCUCACCUCUAGAACAGGUGAAGGCACAGCUAGCGCGCAGUGCGGAGUUCCACUCCUCCAGGACUCUGUGGACAGGUGUGGCCCUGCUGUCUGUGCAGGGCGGGGCCUUGGCCUGGCUCACCUGGUGGGUGUACUCCUGGGACGUCAUGGAGCCCGUCACCUACUUCCUCACCUACUGCACCAGCAUCGGAGUCUUCGCCUACUAUGUCCUCACCAAGCAGGACUAUGUCUAUCCAGACGCCAAAGACAGGCAGUUCCUGUAUUACUUCCACAAGGGUGCCAAGAAGGAGCGCUUCAACGUGCAGAAGUACAAUGAGCUGAGAGAGGAGUUGGCUUCGGUGGAAGAAGAUUUGAGACGUCUAAGGAAUCCAACCCAACUUCAGCUCCCUGUAGAACAGAUCCAGAGCCAGCCAUGAAGAGUAACACCACACACACACACACACACACACACACCACGUCAAACUGAAGGACUACUGAGCAGCAUUUCUUCCCAUUUUAUUUUGAUAACGAUGCCUUUUUCUUACUAACCCUGCAGAUCAUUUUAGAGUUUUGGUUUACACUGUUUACAAUGUUGGAAGUCAUUUGUGUUAAUAGAAGUAUAAUAAUAAAUAUCAUAUGAGAAAGCA